AUGGCAUCUCUCGACAUGGUCAUCGUUAUCGUCAUCGUCAUCGUCAUCGUCGCUCUCACGAGUUUUCUUCUCGGUAUUGCCUCAGCCCUCAGAGGAGUCGCCAUUAAGCGACGGCGUCGCAUCAACCAAUAUAUUUGUAUUCACCCCGAUGAAGACAGAGGAGAAAUUUGCGCCCAAAGACGGGCAUACUACUAUGCUCGACGCGCCAUUUGGGCACAAGAAAGUUGGAUGAGAAAUGGAGAACUCGCUAAGGAAUGGUUACUAGCAGAAAUCGGGAAGGUCAAUGUGAAGGCAACAUCAAAGGAAAAGACUAUGCCAAUAAAUUGCUGUAUGGAGAGAUGGGCUUAUGAACAGUGGGAAGAAUUGGAGAGACGGGGCGCUGAGUAUCGGGGGGAAAUGGCGGCGGGAAAGGAUCCAAACGCAGCGUAUUGGAGAGUGAAGGCAGCAGCGAAGGCAGGAAAAGAUCUACACCCUAAAAAGAGCAUCGGAGUUGAAAUUUAG